AUGAGGCUCACAUCCACCGCAAGGCUGGCAGUUGUUGCUAGUCAACUGCUCGUUUCUCCAGCUGUAGCACAAUACCAGAGUACACUCACGUCUAUACUAGGGGGUGUAUCGUCAGUACUACCACAACCAACACCGACUGCAUCAAAUGCACCAUCACAAUCAACACCGUCAAGAGAACCAACGGUGCACCUGAUCAAAGCCGGCGCGGGAGGCUUCAAGUUCACGCCGCAAGAAAUUCAUAAUGUAUCAGUCGGAGAUAUUGUAAGCUGGGAAUUCUACCCGCCUGAUCACUCAGUUGCAAGAGCAGAGUUUGGUUCAGCAUGUGUACCCUAUGAGGAGACGGGAAAGGGCAAAAUUACAUACUUCAACAUCACCAUCAACUCAACAGAACCCAUAUUCUACUACUGUGCGGCACCAAAUAGCUGUAUUGGAGAGCAUAUGGUCGGCGUCAUCAACCCCAAUUCGACACAGACAUUGGCAUCACAGGUACAGGCUGCGGCUGCAGCAGACUUCCAAAUAGCGCCUGGUGAGCCAAUCCCCGCCGAGGCCACGUCGUCGGCAACGUCUACACCAGCUAGCAAUGGAAACAGUGGCAGCCACAAACUGUCGACCGGGGCCAUUGCGGGCAUAGCGGUAGGUGGUGUUGCUUUCGUGGCCCUGUGCGCAGCUCUAUUCUUCUUUGUUGGACGGUCCAACUCGCUGAAGAACACAAUCAAACGCCAUAAUGCGACGAACAAUGUGGAUCCACACAUGAGCCAAUACGGUGGAGCUGGGGCGAGGUAUGGUGAUGGAGGACUUGCGUCGCCGGGCUUCGCACCGGCCCGGCCUGGAUAUGCUACGCCGCCGCCAGGCCAUCUCGGCGAUCUUGGAUAUGGCUCGCCGCCCCAAUAUGGCCAACACGGUGUGGGAGACGCGCACCCGGGUGGAUGGACUAGCCCGAUACCGCACCAAGGACACUUGAGCAUGAUGAGCAGUACGAGCGGCAUGAGCCAGGCGCAACUCGACCAAUUGAAGUAUGCGCACAUGAGCACACAACCGGCACCAGCAGAGCUACAUAGUCCGCCAAUCGGGCAGCAGGGCUUUUCAGCCGAGCUCGAGGCACCGGAGCAUGUCAAGAGGACAUGA